GUAGAUGUUAGAUCAAGUCGAAGUGGGUAUUUUUAUUUAGGAUUUGAAAAUGAAUAUUCUUCAAGCUAUUCAAUAUAUAAUAAAGGAAUUCUUCUGGAUACCAUUGACCCCAAGGUUCAUGAAUUAUCUGAUGAGGUUCGUAGAACCAAUGAUUCAAGCCUUGAUGAACUUGUUAAUGUACUUAAUAAUACGCACCAUCUUCCUAAUUCGAUGAAAGUUGAUGAAUUCCUUACAAUGAGUGAGAAGAAUCUUGUUUAUGAGAUUCCUCUGGAUGACCAGAUUAUUAAAGAGUUUGCAUAUACAUUCAGAAGAGAUAAGGGAGCUAAAAAUAUAGAUGAUGAAGGCAUUGAGAUCAUGGAUGAUGAAAGGGAUGAUAGCAUUGAAAUUGCAAUUGUUAGUAGUAGUUCUGCAUUAA